UGAGGAAAGGGUAUCAGGAGCGGGGUCGCGAAUUGGCCUACAACCGGAGUUCUAUUCACCAAUUCUCUAUCUAAGUCAGAAAAGGGUUUCAGAAGCGGCGUCACGAAUCGGCAACCGGAGUCCUCUAUAUCAAUAGAAGGAGCGGGGCUGGAAAAAUCUCAGCGACAGAUAGCUGAGUAAUACACCAACAAAAAUAUUAAAGACGAGAUCAUCAGGAUAAAACCAGAAAUGGAAGCAAAAUCGGAAACUGGAGGCGGAGGCAGCAUCUGGAGUGAUGGAUCCACAAACCUGGCCAACGUCAUCAGAGGACUCCCCAAGUUCGAUGGAACGAAACCAGAGGACUUCAACGACUGGAUGAAGAAAUUGGGUGUAGUCGUCGGCGUUACUCGGAGGGACAUCAUGCCACUUCUCAAGGGAAUGCGCAAGCCUGAUCCCUCGGACACCACCUUCGCCGCAUACGAGAGAGCAAACGAAGACCUGUACGCAAUCCUAUUCUGCCUCGUCGAACUGCCGGCUGCACUAACCGUACACAAGCAGGAAGACGACACCGGCCUUAGCGGCGACGGGCAGGCAGCAUUCACGGAACUGAAGGCCAACUACAAUCGAGUGACAGACGAAGUGAUCAGUGCUAAGCUGAACGACCUGGAAAGGACGGUCAUGGAGCCAGGAGAGAACCCGGACGAUUUUUUCAACAAGAAACACCGCCUCCGCUCUCAACUAGAGAAAAUGGGGGAAACCAUCUCCGAUCGCCGCUUCAAGGACAUCUGUGUCCAAGGUUUCUCCGAGGACUACAAGUUCAUCAAGAUGAUGGUUUUCCGCGACCCAUCAUUCGACGUACAACAGAUGCAAGCCACCAUGCGCAACAUCUUCCUUGACGAGCAAAUGCGCAAGAGAACCAAGGGCCAAAUCGCUGGCCGCGGAUUCGCCAUGGCUACCAAGACAUCUGGCCCCAUCUGCUUCGAGUGCAACGAACCGGGACAUGUCAGGAGGAACUGUCCCAAUCGCCAGCGGGAGGGCCAUAGGGCAAAGAAGACGAAGCCUGCGGGAGCAACCAAGUGGUGCUCCGUCCAUAACACCACUACACACUCCGACGAAGAGUGUUACAACCAAGGAGCCAAGCGACCAGAACGCACGGGCAAGGCCUUUUCUGCAUGCACACACUGCGUGCACUGCUCAACCCAGUCAAGAGAAACACACGCCAAGCCUACCACACCGGAAACUCCCAAAGAAACAGAGAAGACCGAGAAGGCAGGAUUGACUUCUCUUACGAGAAGAUACAUUCAAGGGUGGAUUCAUGUACCAUGCUACAUGCAGCAAGGGAAGCGGACGCACUUUCACGACAACUGCAACUGGGACUUCCGCGCUGGUGGAUUCUGGAGCUUCUGA